AUGUCCAACCCCAACCAAAUCUCCCCCCUCCGGGGCAUAACCCAAUACAUAACCGGCCACGACUCCGCCGGCAACGCAAUCGUCCACUCCGAAAAACCCGGCGACUGGAAAAGCUACGACGGCAAAAACAUGGCCUUCAGCGUCGCGUACACCACCUCGCAGUUCCCAGCCAACCUCAACGACGACGCAGACGUGAAAGCCCACGAGGCCAUCAUGGAUAAAGGCGUGGGGCUGGUGAAUCCCAACGGCACGGUGUGUCGGAUUGUGGACUUUGCGCCGGGAUGUCCGCAUCUGAUGCACCGUACGCAGAGCCUCGAUUAUGGGAUUGUGCUGGAGGGGAAGGUCGAGAUGCUGCUUGAUAAUGGGGUGACGAGGACGUUGGAACGAGGGGAUGUCGCGGUGCAGAGGGCGGCGAUGCAUGGGUGGAGGAAUCCGAGUGAGACGGAGUGGACGAGGAUGGUGUUUGUGUUGCAGCAUUGUGAGAAGCUGGUGGUGGGUGGGAAGGAGAUGGGGUUGGAUAUGGGGAGGUCCACGGAUAUCAAGGGGUCGACUUGA